AUGGUUCGUCGUCCAGAUGUCUCGACCGUUGGGAAGCCAGAUUCCUAUUCGUUUCCAUUCCGACGCCAGCCGCUCAAAGGUCUCUUUCUGACCUUUAAGCUUGUCCUUUUCCUCCUCUACCUACCUGCAUGGAUGAUAGAGGGGUUGGUUCCGUUCCUCCGACCUCGGAAGUCUUGGACUUUGCAAAAGGUCCUACGGGUGAGGUUUAUUCGCUUUCUCGGUAGGAUUGGGGAAGGGAUUGGGCCUCCUACGAAACCUUACCGAGAUCCAACCGUCUACCCGCCUAAGCCAGCCAAAGGGUUCACGCUAAUUCGCCCAGCCCCAGACCAUCUUAUUCAAGGAGAUGUGCGCGUGAAGAUGGAAGCAGCACAUGUGCAACCAGUGACCGUCGCUGGAUACUGGUACACCCAGGAUGACGCACAGCUCUCAGAGACGAAGACGUCGUGCUUCUCAUGCACGGCGGAAUGUUUAUCCUGGGCACCGCUCGACCCAGUGACCCUGCGGCGUAUAUCCCGAAACGACUCGUACGGCUGGCCGCGGAAAGAGGACAUCGCCUUCCAAGGUGGUGCCUUUCCCUCUGCGCUUCUCGAUGGCUUCGCGGGAUAUUUGCAUCUCCUCUCUUUGGGCGUUAAGUCCGAGCGUAUUACUCUGAUGGGCGAUAGCGCCGGUGCGACGAUUGCACUCUCAUUGAUGCGUUAUAUCACGGAGAAUAGUCGACCAGAGGUGCCCAUCCCUGCGGGAAUCGUCAUCUUUUCGCCAUGGGCGGAUAUGGCACUACAAGCUACCGACUCUACAGUGUGGGAUAACUGGAGGAGCGAUUACCUAGGUAUUUGGGGCCUAAGCUUCUACGCCACUGUCGCGCUCCUUGGGCCGCAUUCCCCAGACGAGCUCAAGACGAACCUGUACAUCUCACCGAGUACUCUGGCCCUCCCAUCUGGCACAACGUUUUUUGAAAAGGACAAGUGGCCAAGGACGAUGCUGGUGUGCGGAGACGCCGAGAUGAUCCUUACAGAGAUUCGCACAUUGAGGGAGCGCUUGCGUGAGGCCUGGCGUGGAUUUGACAUACUUGGAGGUCAAAGAUGCCAUCCACAACUUUACCAUGUUCCCAUGGUUUGA